UCCUUCGCGCCACCUGAGAAUCGUCUACGAUAGUCUUGUGCUGCUCGCCCGAUUCUAUCAACGAUGGAGUCCCUGAACCAUGGCAACAGUAGAAUCUCUCAACUAUCCCAGCUAUCGGUGGUCUCCAUUACGCGUGAGAAGGCACGAAAAACAAACCUCGAGUCUCCGUCGCACGUGCUGCUUCAGACCAAUGGUAAAAUGCAAUCGGAUCCACACAAGGGCGGCUCGCAGAAUGUAGCUCACAUCACAAACGCGGUCAUGUACGGCAUUAUCAACUCCAUCCUGACCAUCCCCACCAUGUACGGAUACGCCGUUAUCCUCUUCAGCCACAAAGACUUCGAAGACUUCAUGCCGGCGCUAUCCAAGCUCGUCAUCUUCUCCAGUGUCGUGCAUCAGGUCAUGUUCACGCUCAUGAGCUCGCUGCCGUUCUCCAUCGGACAGGUGCAAGAUGCCGGUCUCAUCUUUCUCAGUACUAUGGCCACCUCGAUCUGUGACUCGCUGGGCAACGACGUGCCGCUGGAGGCCAAAGUGACCACUUCUAUCAUCGUCAUCGGUAUUGCUACUGCAUCCCUCGGUGUCUGUCUUGUGAUCAUGGGAAAGCUGAAGCUGGCUGCACUUGCGUCGUACCUGCCGAUGCCCGUGAUCGGUGGCUACUUGGCCUUCAUCGGCAUCUUCUGCUUGUACGCUGGUCUCGCGUUGUGUACGGGUCUCGUCGUGAACGAUAUGGAGUCCAUGAUCAGCGUCUUCGGCAAUGCACACGACGUUCUGCUGUGUGUCCCGGGUGUCCUCGGUGGCGCUUUCCUGCUGGUCGUUUCGCAGCGUUACGACAACUCGUUCAUCCUGUCUGCAGCGAUCAUGAUCAUGCCCGUCGUCUUCUUCUUCAUCAUGCUGGUGGGCGGCAUUUCCAUGGACGAUGCACGUGAUGGAGGCUGGAUCGACCCGGCCAAAGACCCCGCCACCGUCUCGGAGCUGCUCGAUCUCUUCGACUUCAAUGAGGUUCACUGGGAACAACUACCCAAGCAGUUCGGCACGUGGAUCGGUAUGGUCUUCAUCGUCGCGUUCUCGUCCUGCUUGGAUAUCGCCGCUAUCGAGCUCGACAUGGGCAGCAAACUAGACUUCAACCACGAACUCAAGACCGUCGGCUGGUCCAACGUCGUGAGCGGCUUGUUGGGAGGAUACACGGGCUCCUACAUCUUCUCGCAGACCAUCUUCACGUACCGUUCCAAGACCAACUCGCGCAUCGUCGGUGUCUGUGUGAUCAUCUCGGAGUUCGCCAUUGUAUUGGCCCCUGUAUCCGUCAUGAGCUACGUGCCUCGCUUCUUCUUCGCCGCCACGUUGAUCUUCAUCGCGAUCGACCUCAUGAUCGAGUGGCUCAUCCUCACCUUCAAGAAAAUGUCGUUGCGCGAGUAUGCGGUGCUGUGGAUGACGUUCGUGGCCGUGAAUCUCGUGGCGCUGGACGAAGGCAUGCUCAUUGGUGUGGGCAUUGCUAUUGUCAACUUCCUGCUGGGCUACAUUCGUCUGCCUGUAGUGAGUCGGAAGCCUCGCGCGUCCGGUGCAGCUCGCACUCUCUCGGAGCGCAAGGUACUGGACCAGAAGCAAGAUGUGAUCGCGUACUUCGAACUGAGCGGCUUCCUCUUCUUCGGUUCGUCAGUGCAGAUCCUCGACAUCGUCCAGAAGGCAGUCUAUGUGCGUAAGAAACUACCGGGCGUCGAAGGUGGAGAUGACUAUCUCAGCGACGCGGACAUGCCUUUGACUCCCACUGAACACCGGAUACCGCUGAUCGAGUGUCUGGAUGGAACUCCAGCUACCAACCCCGACGCAGUCCCGACCGAGUACGUCGUCAUGGACUUCACGAACGUCACGGCGAUGGACGCGACGGCCGCACGCAGCGCGUUCCUGAUCCUGCAGAAGUACUGCAACAACCACGACAUCACCGUCGUGUACGCUGGUGCGCUGCCCUCUGUCAAGAGCGUGCUGGUCAAGAACAAGAUCACUGGCGAGGAGAGCUUCUAUUCGAGUGCAGACUCGGCUCUCGAGCUCUGUGAGAACCAACUUUUGGCCAGUGCCGGCAACGCCAAGGCGACGCCAGGUCGCAGCAGUAUCCACCAUGACGAUGGCAUUAGUGAGCUGUUGCAGUACUUCGCUCUUGACGACUUGACAGCCGACCAGUUUUUCCAGAAACUCGAGGUGCCUGCAGGGCAUGAAUUCUACAGCUUUGGACAACCGGCAGACCGCUUCUACUUCCUCGCAGCUGGUUGUGUCGCUCUCGACCGCAGCUCGUCGAUCGAGUCCAAUGUAGUCAAUGUGUUGUCGGGAUCUCUUUUCGGAGAGGUGGACUACUUCGGUCGCCAACAGAGGCAAGCGAUGGCAACUGCGACGGAACCAUGCGUGGUGUUCGAGAUGCGUCGCGAGACGUACGAGGCGAUGCAGGAGCAGAAUCCAGCGCUGUACACACGGAUCCGCGAUGUGGUGAUGCAGUCCAUGGCGAUGUCACUCAGCAACGCCACGAGUGCACAGUCGAAUGACGUCGCUAUCCGGGUAGAGUAGAUAGAGCCCAAUCUUAUAAGACGCCGAAUUAACGGAAUAGAGUCAAUAAACC